AGUAACGCCUUGCAAUAUUGGGGAAUGCCAUUUUGCCCUCACGCGGAUUUGCCUCUUCCCCUUUUUAACAUUUGCAUCUCCCCCAUUUGAUACUUCCCCGUUUUGCUCCUUCCCCACUUCGCCCCUCCGUUAAAUGAUUAAGCGGUACAUCCGGACGAAGGUCAUCACCAGCCUGAGCAAGUUCAAAUGCUACACCAUCGGGAACGAGCACACGGCCAGGAGCUGGCCCAACGUCGAUUGCAUCGACCAGGAAGAAGAAAACGUGGCGAAAAAAACUGAAGAGGAAAAGAGGAGGCCCAAAACUAUCCCCUACUACAAAAACUACAUGCACGACUUCUUUGGCAGGCAGCUUAUUCAUAACUUGCACCUCCAGGAAAUGAGCAAAAUGAAGCGGCUGCGGAAUUUUAAAAUGCCCAAGAUCCACGCGGGCGACUUGGUGGAAGUCAAGUACGAGCUGUCUAGGUCGCAGCAGACCUUCGCCAUCUUUCAGGGCUACUGCGUGGAGAUACGCAGGAAACGGCUGGACUCGUCCUUCAUCGUGAAGAACAUCUUCGACGGGGUGGGGGUGGAGCAGCUGAUCCCGUUUUACUCCCCGCGGAUUCUUUACGUUAAAAUUGUGAAGAGCCUCCACAACAUGAGUGAGGAGAAGGCCAAAAGGUUCUACCAAAUUAACAAGCCCAUUACGAGGGACUACCGGUACAUGUGGCAGUAUAAUUUCCGGGGGAAGUACGAGAGGCCGAGGGGGCAGCACAAGCCCGGCAUUAGGUCCUUAGAACCCAAAAUUAGAAGACGGCUAGCUAAGCUCAAGAAAAAAUACAUGCGCAGAAGAAUCGAGAGCAAUCUCUCUUCCUACAUUUUUGGUGGAGUCUACGCACAGUACACGAGGAAGAGGACCAGGCUGGUGCGGGCAGAGAUAUACCGACGGAUGCUCAUCUACGCGCUCGAUGAGGAAAACAGGAGAAAGCAAAAGCUCAACAGGAGGCGGGAGCGGGAGAACUGGAGCACUUAUAAGAUUAAUCGGGCCCGCGGCGACAACGCCUUUAUGGCUCUGCCGGCCAGCCAUCCCUUAAGAGGGGGAACUGAUUAG